CAAAAAGGUGAUGAUAAUGUUGUUGUGAGGAAUUCACAAUACUCUCUAAAUCUGGGUAAACUGCGGGAACGCUUCCAUGUGUUGCCGGAUAAUCCAAUGGACAGGGAGAUUAAUUGGCAUGCCCGAGCACUUGUUCUAGAAAUUCUUGGCUCCAUAGUCUUUACUGAUACAUCUGGAGAUGGAGUGCCAGCUAUGUAUCUCCAAUUUAUGCAGGAUUUAGGACAACCAACAGAGUAUAAUUGGGGAGCAGCUGCUCUUGCUCUAUUGUAUAGACAAUUGAGCAUAGGUGCUGAGAAGGAGAGACUAGAAAUUUCAGGUCCUUUAUUGCUGCUACAGUUAUGGUCUUGGUCCCGUUUGCCACUUGGUCGCCCUAAAGUUAUUUUUGAGAAUCCCAAAGAAGGAGAGGAACUUGAUGAAGAGGAAGAAGAACAAGAAGUACACUUGGAUUAUAACCCUGUUUUUGGAGCAAAGUGGUGUGCUGCACAUUCGUUUGAUGUCCCUCAUAAUGCUGGUACUGAAUAUUAUCGAAAUCAGAUUGACUUGAUUCGAGAAGGUGCAGUUGGUUGGCAACCAUAUGAUGAUCUUCUGGAGCAGAUGCCUUUUGAAGUUCAUCAAGAUUCUAAUUGGUGGUUUGCUAGAGUACCACUCAUGCAUUUUUGGAUUGUGGAGUUCCACUAUCCAUAUAGGGUGAUGCGACAAUUUGGAUUAAGACAAACCAUUCCCCCUUCUCUUCCACGUGGCGAGGCAGAGGUUCGAAAACUUCGAAAAAUUAAACAUUCUGCAGGAAAAUCGCAUAAUUGGGAGGAAGUCCACGCCAAUUAUGUUCAAGAAUACAACCGUGUUGAUGCAAGAGUGUGGCCAGACGAUGUUCCCUUCGAUGAAGCUAGUUUACCUGAUUACAGACAUUGGUUCCAAAAAAAUGGUAUGUACACCGUAUUCUUCAAUUCUCAAUGCUUGGGCAGCCUAGAUAAACCUAUCCCAUAUCCUCGAGAUAGCAUCGAAUGGACUGGCUGCAUGCCUAGUGGUCCGCCACUAGCUCGAAUUGGGUUACGUGAGAUAAAGAAUGCCUCAUGGGGUAUUAAAUGUGUUAUUACUAGUGGAUGCAAGAAGAUAGGGAAAACUAUACUGAGGUCCUGUGUAGGAAAUUUGUUGGAUUUUAACCUGGAGCCUAGGUUGCAAAGCAUGCUUACUGAGGCUAGGUUACCACUGAAUAUUGAAGAUAUUCCAUUUGAUGAAGAGGUUUCUGAUAUUGCUAACCCACCAAGCCCCCCAAAAGAGAGCAACUCCGAUGUGUUCAAUGAAUGGAUAUACUCCGGCAAAGGUUUUACAACAUACCUUAAGGCUGGUGAAGCGAUGAGAGAUGGGGAACCGACAACACAAGAUGUAGGUCAAGUUACCCAAUAA